UUAUAGGUGACGUGAUCGAUAACGGGGACAUUUACCGUUUUUUGUGUAUCAUUUUGAAAUCUGUGACAGUCAUCAUUGAGCGGAUUCUAUCGUGCUGGCGUGGUUUUUUUCGUCUAAUUCGAAGAUUUCUAAUGGCUGCAAUACCAGCUAUUAAGCUUGUCGAACCAAUUAAAAAAGAAAAAUCGAAAACUUUUCAGGCUUAUUUACCGGAUGGAGCUCGUACCUAUAGCUGUGUACAUUGUCGUGCUAAUUUAGCCAAUCAUAAUGAGCUUAUUUCAAAGUCUUUUCAAGGUAGCCAAGGGAAAGCCUAUUUGUUCAAUUCCGUGUAA